CCGAUCAGCUAUUCGCUAGCUUAUAAGUCAAAAACUUAAAAGCUAGUUUCUAAACUAGUGUUUCCAAACAUGGCCCCAAAGUUUUGCAAAGCAUCGGUUGGUGCUUUUGGCCAAAAUUCAAGGAUACAUUGCCCCCCAUUAAGAUUUCAGGUGCAUCUCCAUUAUUUUAUUGUUUUCCAGCUGUUAAUGUGCUUUCUAUACAAAAUUCAAGCGUACAUUGCCUUUCACUUUUUCUAAACAAAUGAGCUUACACUGUUACGCAUGCUUUUGUAUAGGCUCUCUAAGUUGCUGUUUUCAAUUUUAACUUUCAAUUAUAGUUCUAUUUUUCUGUUGAAGACAUCAAUUUCUGUUAAGAACACUAAUGUGUGAGACUUGUUCUUGUGACUCACUAAAAUGAGAUAAAUUUACGUGGGGAUUCAAGAUGGAUCCUUCAUUUAGCUACUAUGAGUGUGGAGUUCGGGCAUGAAUUGGUGCUUCUGAUUAUCCAAGAGAAAGUGAUGGAGCCUGCUUACAGAUGAGAUUGUCUUAUAGUCCAGCUGCUCAAUUCUUUCUUUUUCUGGUUCAGUGGACUGACUGUCAUCUUGCUGGAGCCUUGGGAUUGCUUAGAGUUCUCAUAUACAAGGUAUAUGAGGAUGGGAAGACAACCAUGUCCAUUUAUGAGAGAAAAACCAGUCUGAAGGAUUUCUAUGGUGUGAUCUUUCCCUCUUUACUUCAACUCCACAGAGGAAUCACUGAUGUAGAAGAAAGAAAACAAAAAGAUUUAUUUGCUAAAAAGUACAUGAACAAAGAUAUAGUAAGAAAAGGAAAACUAUCUGAAAUUGAUAUUGAGAGAGAAGAAGAAUGCGGUAUUUGCAUGGAGAUGAACAACAAGGUUGUCUUGCCCAAUUGCAACCACACUUUGUGUAUGAAAUGCUACAGGAACUGGCAUUCAAGAUCUCAAUCUUGCCCUUUCUGUCGGGAUAGUCUUCAAAGAGUAAAUUCUGGUGACCUUUGGAUCUACUUGAACAACAAUGAGAUAAAAGACUUGGCUUCAAUAAACAAGGAGAACCUAAAAAGACUAUUUACGUAUGUUGACAAGUUGCCUCUGAUUGUGUCAGAUCCUUCGCUUAUGUCUUAUCCUCAGCGCUAAUGGUUUUUACCUGAUGACUUUGAAUCUGCGUGAGCAGCUGAAGAAUUUAAAUAGGUUGCUUAUGUACAUUAUUGAUAAAUUGCCUCUCAUGGACCCAGAACCUAUACUGAUGUGUUAUUCUCAGCACUUCUGAUUUUCCUUUAGUCAUAGAUAAUUUUUACUUCAAAUUCCAUUCUAUGUUUGAUCGUCAGUUUGUGUGCAGGAAUGAUUCAAAAUGUAAAUACAUGUUGACUUCAUAGUGAAAUAAUAACUUAUUAUC